AUGCCCGACAUCUUGUGGACCUCUGUUUCUGAGCCUGUUGCGAUUGUAUCCACGUCCAAGGCAUUCUUGGACGUUUGUUCUUCUCAUGGGUUAUCACAGCACGUCAGUACAUAUACACAUGGCUCUAGAAUACUUGAUCUUGUUUUAUCCAGUGAUGAUAAUUUAAUGAAUAACCAGACGAUCAGUUGGGUCGGGUCCCUUAAUAGCGCUACUAAGGUUGAUGAUAAGUAUGAGCUCUUUAUCUUUAUUCUGCGUCAUACUAUUGAGUCAUUCGUUUUCCUAGCCAGGGUCUCACCACAAAGGAAGCAUCUUCCUCGGCAUCUCCGCUCCCUCAUAUCAGAAAAUCAGUUGCUUGGAGGCGGGCCUCCACUAUUGGAUUGUAUGAGGACUGGGAAUCCUGUCGUUCCAUUGCUGCCACCUUCGACAAGCAAUUACGCACGUACAAUAUAUUUAUCGAAAAGAGGGCUUUGCGAACGUCCCGGAUUGGGUGUUCUCAAAGCUGUCGAUGGUAGUAUCGUUCGAAAGGGCUGCGAGAAAUCUGAGUUAAUAGCUGAUACCUUUGCAAAAGCUUUCAAUCCGCCUAGCGCCCUCAACAUCCCCUCUCGCUCUGCAUCCUUUCCGAUCAUGACUGAUUCUACUCGCUUCAGUGAGGACGAGACCUACCAACUUCUCAUUAAGUGGCCCUCCUCUACCUCUGAUACUCCUGACCACGUGCCC